CGAAACGACAUGACGAAAGCAGACACUCGCUCUAUGCGUCCCGACGUCAGCGUCGUGAUGUUGUUUUGCGUGAACUGAUCAGAGCGGUACAUUUAAAUAAGUGCCAUACUAUACCCACAUCAUCUCAUCGCCUUGGCGUCUUGGUGUGUGAUCAGCGUACCGCCUAGAGUGAACACCAUGAGGCACUCGACAGUACAAGUCGCUUUGCUCUUUCUGGUAUUGGCAAGUGCUGCAACAGGCGUUCAGGAGAAAAGGCUCGUCUACCCACGUCUGCUGGAAGAACGCGAGGUUGACGGCGCGAAGCUUGUUCGCGUACACGAAAACCUGGUCCUCAACUUGCGAAAGACGUCAGUCGCAGCGUCGACGCUUGCAGUUCAUGAACACGAAAACGGGAAACCCACUGUUCAUUUCUACAGAGGAGAUGACAUCGACGGAAACCUCUACGAGGAUGAAAGGCGGCUGGCCACGGUAAUGGUUACAGAGACCAACAACGGCCUUGAGCUGGAAGGUGUCGUAGGACCACGGCACAAGAUUUCGCCAGUGCCGGCGAUGGAAAGGUCCGAGGAUGGCAGUGUGGCUCACAUGAUCUACGAAAUCAAAGAGGAGCCAAAUGGCAUGUUCGACACUCUCAUUCCAGGAGGAACGGACAAAGCCCCGCAGCUCACCGAGAGGCAGUACAACUUUUACCAAACGGUUCCAACUGAGGUCACCGUAGAGCUGUUUGUCAUCUCCGAUAAGAUACAUCAGCGGCGCUUCGCUAAGACGCAACACCUGCUUGGGUACAUGUGCGUUAUGAUCAACAGCGCCAACUUACGCUUCAAGGACACGAGUGCUCCAAGGAUAAAACUGCUCCUGACGGGACUAGAGCGAGUUCUGAGCGCACGGGACGAGCCAUACUUUAAAGGCGACGACAAGUACAUGGACGACACAACAACGAUCACGCAACUCGUCAACUACGUCAAAGUGAAAAAGCAGCAAUUCGGAGAUCCCGACGUUGUCUACGUAGCCACGGGACGUGACAUGUAUGGUAUGGACAGUGGUGUGCCAGAUACUAGGCGUAAAGGACUGGCCUUCGUGGCUGGCGUGUGCACCAGUUCGCUUGUGGGCAUCGGUGAAGACAAUCCCGGCUCCUACGACGGAAUGCACGCUCUGACACAUGAAGUGGCACACUUGUUGGGAGCUGCGCACGAUGGGGACCCGCCCAUGACUAACAUCGUGCAGGGUCACCCAGGGGCCUCGGGGUGCCCGUUCAGCCAGGGGUACAUCAUGAGUUACCUCAACACUGGACCAAACUACCACCGUUUUUCCCCGUGCAGCGUCACUCAGAUGCGAUACGUCAUGAGAUUAAGAGGACCAUCCUGCUGGUGGCUUAAGUCCCAGGGGCACAAAUUGGAUGGCUACUAUCCCGGAAUGCUGGUUAAACCACAGGAUAUUUGCAAAUAUAAACUUGCUGGCCAAGCAAGCGUGACAGCAGACACGUCGCCUGCUGUCGUUAAGCGCUGCAAAGUGCGGUGCGUGUACUCGAAAGCUCAGCGCGACUUCUUCGGCAGAGUCUACGCGACCCGUGAGCAUUUGGAGUUCGAAGCACCAGACUACGCAAGUUGCGGGAACGGAACGGUUUGCAUCCGAGGAAUUUGUGGUAAAAAACAGAAGUAAACGAUGUGAAGUGAAAAAUGAAGUCUGUUACAUUCACGGUGCUUACUGCAAGUCACAGCAGCGCAUACAAAUGAUCCUACGGGCACCUUAUGAACAAUAUUAUAUCUUCUACAAAAGAUAAACUAUAACAUGAACUGCCACAAGUGCCCGAGCUGUGAUCUUGUUGACGUUUUCGCUUCUAUUGUUUAUACUAGUGCUUGACAGAAUAAACCAUUAUUUUCGCUGCAAUAAAAGUGUCAAAGCAGAUUUGUGACCAUGAUGAACAGAAGGCUGAAAAAUGUUUAGUCAGUAUCCAGAACUACACUCGCACGCGGU